AUGGGCACCAGACGCGGCCGCCCAGCCUGCGGAUCCGACGAUGAGCGUGGCCGCAAGAAGGACGCGAAGAAGCGACAUAAGAAGAUAGGCAGGCUCACCAACGAAUGGUAUACACCAUUUAACGAUCACAAGACUCCACUGCACAAGAAGGACUUGGCCAAAGGCCUGAGUAUCACACAAGACUGCCUCGCCAACCUGGAGCGGCCGGGCCGCAUCGAGCAGACAGCCUGCGCAAUCAUGUCCAAUGGCGCCUAUUUCACAAUGGGACAGGCCGAUGAGCGAGACGAGGCGGCGGAAGUACACACACCACUGGACCUCGACACUCUGCCACCAGAGGCUAAGUCGUCGCCCGAACCAGAGCCAACCGUCAAGAAGGAAGAUGCGCACCUACACGUAAACACCGAAGACAAACAAGACGACGAACAGGCCAUUGGAGCCCAGUGCGAACAACGGCUCCUGGACGAGAACGCACAAUGCGUCAAGCGUAAGUAUGAGGCUGGCGACGGCCGCCGCUACAGAUAUGACCGCUCCAACACAUCCACACUGGUCGGCGUCCAGAGUGGCCCCCACGGAUGA